UCAGAUAGCUCCUGCUGGGGUGCUUAUUAAUGAUUCAACAAGGGCAAGCACACGGGGCAACCGCCACUCCCUGCAGGCACUGCUCAUGAGAGGCAUGGACAGGCUGAGCACAGGGGAGGUGGAAGACAGCUCGUUCACCAACAUUUCUCUAGCCGACGACACAGACCGUUCAUCCAAGAGUUUGCAUCCAAGAGCUGAAGGCCUGUUACCCAAGAUGAUGAACGCCGACAUGGACGCAGUUGAUGCUGAAAAUCAGGUGGAACUGGAAGAAAAGACUCGACUUAUUAAUCAGGUGUUGGAACUCCAGCACACACUUGAAGAUCUUUCUGCAAGAGUAGAUGCAGUUAAGGAAGAAAAUCUGAAGCUAAAAUCGGAAAAUCAAGUUCUUGGACAGUAUAUAGAGAACCUCAUGUCUGCUUCUAGUGUUUUUCAAACAACUGAUACAAAAAGCAAAAGGAAGUAAAGGGCUCACUGCCCUCACUGCUGUGGAGCUGCUACUCCCCCCCCC